AUGCUCCGCAGCAACAUCGCCAGAUCAGGCCUCAGGGCAAGCGGGAUGCGGCCCCUGACCCGCCAGCCACGCGCCACCAACGUCCGGACGGCCAUGUACAAGAAGGACGGGCCAGACGGCACGACUUCGCAUCUCGAGUGGACGCCCAAGACAUACGCCGUGAUAGGAGGCUCCAUCCUGGCCGUCGCCGGCGGGUACGGCUACAUGAUGGGGAAGCCGUACAAGGUGGUCGGCAGCGAGCAGAGCCCUGCCUCCAUCACCGAAAAGGCGUCCGCCGAUGCCAAGAGCAAGAAUCCGUGA